AGCUCCUCCCGCUUCCUCGGGCUGCAGACCGGACAGCGGCGGCAGAAAACGCACCAAUCAGCAGCAAAAACACACAACAACAACAACAAAAAACCCACCCAGGUCCACAUUGGGACUAAACUCCCCGCGCAUUGAGCUCCGAGAGGCGCCUCCGGUGAAACAUGCUCUCCCCGGGACUCUGCGUGUCUCUGCUGGCCGCGUCCUGCGCCCUGUGGCCGGCGGCGGCGGUCCGGGCGGCGUCCUGCGAGUCGGUGCGGAUCCCGCUGUGCGCCUCCAUGCCGUGGAACAUGACCAAGAUGCCCAACCACCUCCACCACAGCACGCAGGACAACGCGGUGCUGGCCAUCGAGCAGUACGAGGGGCUGCUGGGAACCGGUUGCAGUCCGGACUUGCUCUUCUUCCUGUGUGCCAUGUACGCCCCCAUCUGCACCAUCGACUUCCAGCACGAGCCCAUCAAGCCCUGCAAGGCGGUGUGCGAGCGGGCCAAGCAGGGCUGCGAGCCGGUGAUGAAGCGCUACAACCACAGCUGGCCGGACAGCCUGGCCUGCAGCGAGCUGCCGCUGUACGACCGCGGCGUCUGCAUAUCGCCCGAGGCCAUCGUGAAGGCCGAGGCACCAGAUCCAUACCCCCAGGACCCAGCCAGGUGUAACCCAGAAUCCAGUCCAGACUUUCCGAUGGACUCCAACAACCUACACUGCAGAGGCCCAAACGCAGAUCGCUGCAAGUGUAAGACAGUCAAGAUGGGUUUCAAAAACUACCAGAGGAACAACUACAACUACGUGAUCAGAGCCAGGGUGAGGGAGGUGAGGAACCGCGGCCUGGAGCCCACGGCGGUGGUGGAGGUGAAGGAGGUGCUCAAGUCUUCUCUGGUCAACAUUCCCAAGGAGACGCAGACGCUGUACUACUCCUCCUCCUGCUUGUGUCCUCCUCUCUCCCCCGGGGAGGAGUACCUCAUCAUGGGCUACGAGAACGAUGAGAUGUCCAGGUUGCUCCUGAUUGACGGCUCCAUUGCCCAAAAGUGGAGGGAGAAAAUGAGCAGGAAGAUCAAGAGAUGGAAUCAGACCCUGCAGGGGAAAGGCCGAGCAGCUCAGCGCCGGAGUCGCCACUGAGAUCUGACUGCGUGUUUGUGUGUGUGUGUGUUUGUGUGUGUGUGUGUGUGUGUGUGUGUGGAUGUGUGGGACUGCUUGUGUCUGUAUGUGUGUGUAGACGUUGCACUAUCACCAGCUGUUGUAGCUGAAUGUAGUUCAUUUUCUUUUUGCACAAACAUCAAUUAGCGUGCGUUUAGUGUGUGUGGUGUGUGUGUGUGUGUGUGUGUUUUUGUGUUUGUGUGUAUACGUAAAGCACUCAAAAAGACAAGAGAAGGGGUGGAGCAGCAGCACUAAACCCUACGCAAAGCCAUACAUUAUGUACAUGACACUUUUUACGGACGGAGGACAUUAAAAGCCAUUUGGACUUGGCCUUUUAGGACUAUGAUGGACCUGUAGCCAUGACCUUAACGUUAGUCAAGUAUAAUAUUCAAACUUUGUUCAUCGACAACAGCAACAAGACCGACAGAAACCACGGCAACAAGACCAACGGCAACUACGGCAACGGGGGGCAAGCAACAGGGGCAACAGCGGCAGGAGAAUGUGGGCGGAUGGAAUCGAAUCCGGUGCCUCCUCUGGUCUCAAUGUGUCACAGAAACAACUAAUGUCUAAGGAAACCUACACUCAGUGACCCCUUUAUUAGUUACACCAUCACAACAUAAUAACUCACUGCAACAGCGUCAUCUUAUAUACAUACAAGUGUUUCUAACUUUUCUGCCGUCCUUGUUUACAUACAUGAGGGGGGCAGAAUGUCACCUUUGAAUAGCCUAACAUUUGACAUCACCACUAACUCUGAACCCAACACAUGAUUUAAUCCACUCACGCUAUCGUAGUAUUAACAGUAACGGAGCAUUAUUCAAUAUAAUAAAAGUACAUUUGUGCUUCGUAAAGUGGCCGCUGAGUGCAUGUACCGUAGGAAGAGUGUGUCAACUCUUCUGUAGCUGUUCGUUUGAGCCGACGUCACUUAGAGGUGGUGCAGCGGCGCAGGUUACCAAAGUAAGACACCCAACGUUUAUGAAACCUGUAAAUGCGAAAUGCAAAGCUAAGUCAACGUUAGCUGAGCUAAAUUUGGAAAUAACUAAGGGUUUGUUUUGAUUUUUUUUACGUGGGGUUGUGUGCAUACUUCUGUGUUAUGUGAGGAUUUUGUUAUUGGAGUCUCGUGACUAAAUAAAGCGAUAUAAUGGCUUCUUUUCCCCUUUGGAAAGGUCUCUGUGGAACAAUGCUUUAAUUCAAUUGAUCAUGAAAUGGAAAGUUUACAAAGGAAGAAAACAAAAUUCAAUGUUAUGUGAAAAAUAGAAAAUACAUUUAGCAAUACUGUUAUUAUUUCAUUACUUAUGGACGAAGUAAGAAAAACCAUUCACUCAUUCAAAAUAACUGAAUUCCUUUUUUAAAUCUUUAAAAUGCACACAUGUUGUUUAGUCGUGCUCCAUUAAUCGUUUUUCAAGCUCAUCAGGAUUCCAUCACAGAACAGUUAUAAUAGUACUUUCUCUGGCUCGGGCAGGUAGAUUCGCUGAUGUGAGGCCAUGUUAAACAAUUACAGAGACAUGCAGCCAGUGAUUGAUCUGCUGUAAUUCCUGUGGGGAAGAAGGAGUUGGAAAAGGAACAGCCACAUCACACUUCCCACCCGUCAAACAAUUCCAAUUGAGCCGAACAAAUUCAAGCAUGAGCUCCCUCUGUCGGUGAGACCUCCAGCUUUGUCCGUCUUUGACUGUUCGAGCGUCCAGUAAAAACAACACUGACACGCUGUGUUAGGAAAUGGAGACGGUAUCGUUCAGACUUCAGGCCACCACAACACAUACUCAACAUUUAAAAUGAAAAGACUAAUGUGACCGUACCUCAAAAUGAGGAUAUCUGUAUUUUACUGUCGCUUCAUGCAGGUAUUAUUGGCGAAACCAGAAUAUAUAUUAAAACAAGAAGGUUCUUUUUUAAAUGGGACAUUUUUGACUUUUCAUGAACACAACUGAUCAGUGCUCUUAUUGGCACACAGUACCUGGCUUCAUGUUAACCUACUAACAUUAAAUAUAGUCACUUUUAUCAGGAAACUACUCUGUUAUGUUGAAAUCUGGACCCUUCACAGCUGUAUGAGGGUUUUAUUAUCACAACCAACGGUGUUUCGUCUUCCUGUUUCAGAGCAAUGAAAAGCAUAUAUCAAAUAAUAAAAUAUAAAACAACAA